AUGGGAAACUCUUGCAUGGCAGCAUCGUCAAUGGAAUGGGAUGGAGAGGACUGGGAAGCUGUUCAUCUUGAUCAUCAUCGGAAUAAGGAGAAUGAUAUGUUAGGAAAGCUUAGAGCUUCUUGUGAUGCAAAUGGUAAAGUCACGUUGAAGAUUUCAAAGUCUGAGCUAGCUGAGUUAUUGGGAGCUAUACAACAGAAUAGUAAUAAUCAACAGCCGCAGAAGCAAAUGAAGAUGAAGAAGAAGAAGGAAUCAGGUUCUGCAGAACAAGUUCUGUUUCGGUUAAUAAAAGCUAGAGAUCAUGAAGUUGCAGAAAAGCAUCAUUGGGGUAGUCACUGGAAACCGGUGUUAGAAACCAUUCCUGAAUGUUAA